CGAGGGCGUUGCCUGCCUGCUACGCGUUUUAUUUUACUGAUAAUUCAUUGAUUUUAAUAGAUAAACCUUCCGAAUACUGUGAUAAAGUACAAGAUAAGGAAUAGAGCCCUACAGAUAACAUUAUCUAGUACAUUGUUAUAAUUCGUUCUAUUCAGACCGUGUACCGUUCAUUGUUACAAAAAUAUAAAGAUUUUUUUUAGUAAAUAAACAAGUGUAGUGUAUAUAAUAUAACAUAAACGUUAUUUUAUUAUUGAUAAACAUAUUUUAAUUCAUAAAAGUGAUAAAAUUUAAUACGAUAAUGUCAUAAAAAAUAACAAACAUUCUAUGAACAUUUCUCGAUGAUUCACUAUUACGAAUCGCAUUUAGACAGACUAAAAAGUCUAUUGUCAUGAGAAAAUGUUGAAAAAUAGUUUUUUAACAGUUUUACUGUGUGCAAGUGUUCGAAGUCAGUCAAAUAAAGACCUUUAUAAUGGUGAGAUAAACAACGAGUUUUAUAACUCCAGGGAAGAAAUAUCCCGUGUCACCGGGAUUCCUAGCCCGGGUGACACUGAUUACAGGACAUAUGUGUACAAUAAUAGGAGGUAUGGGAUAAAUCCUACACGGUACAACCCUUACAACCCCAAUAUAAACCAGCCAGGAGGAUUUCCUUACAAUCCGAUAGAGACAAACCCACUGGAUGAACAGUUUAAAUAUAAUAUUAAUCGAGAUCCAAACAAUCCUGAUGCACUGUUCCCUGGUGUGCUGGGAGGUUGGAGGGAAGACCUUCAGGGAAAAGAGAGGAGAGACUCACGACUAUUAAAGAAAAAUAUAUUUGUUACUACAAAUUUUGGACAAGUGCAGGGGUUUAAAGUAUAUUUAUAUGACAAUCCUGAUCCGAAUUCUGGUUACCGACCAUGGUUAUCAGCAGUGGAGAGGGUGCAGGGAGAAGUAUCAGUCUUCCUUGGCAUCCCGUAUGCUAGACCACCAGUUUUAGAAGGAAGAUUCAAGCCGCCCCGACAACACCCUGGUUGGCAGUUAAUGCAAGCGGUAGACUGGGGCCCGGCGUGCCCGCAGCCAGUACGGUUCACUGGAGCCACGAAAGGCGUACGCGAUAUGGACGAAGACUGUCUCUACUUGAACAUAUUCUCACCCAAUGCGGAGGCCGGUUCGACUGCUCAGAAGUAUCCCGUAAUGGUAUACAUCCACGGCGGUCAGUUCAUGUCCGGCGCCUCCAAUCUGUUCCCGGGGCACAUGCUCGCAGCCUUCUACAAUGUUGUGGUGGUCUCGAUGAAUUAUAGGCUCGGAGCUCUCGGUUUUCUCUCGACUGCUGACGAGAACUCACCAGGCAACUAUGGUAUCCUGGACCAGGCUAUGGCACUCCGCUGGGUGUAUGAUAACAUCGCCCCGUUCAACGGUGAUCCAUCUUCAAUCACGCUCUUUGGUCCUGGAGCUGGUGCCGCGUCAGCUGGUCUCCUGGCUGUCGCGCCGCAAACUAGGGAUAUUGUGACCAGGGUCAUUGCUCAGAGCGGCUCGGCGAUGGCUGACUGGGCGUUAAUUCAGGACAAGUAUAGAGUGCAAAACACAUCUCUAGUCUUCGGUCGGCUGCUCGGCUGCCCCAUAGACUCCUCGUGGAAACUAGUCAACUGUCUCCGCCAGGGCCGAAGCUUCUAUGAGCUCGGCAACGUUGAAUUUCAGCCACAAGUCGGCUUCAUACCCUGGGGUCCAGUGCUCGAGAACAACUUCACAUUCCCUGGUGAUGAGUGGUACGAGGGUUGGAGGGAGCGUGAUUGGCAUUUCCUUAACUUGACACCCGAGGAUCUCAUACAACGAAGGCAGUUCAACCCAGCUCUGCAGUAUAUGACAGGAGUGACCACUCAAGAGGCCGCCUAUUACAUUUACAACAAUGACUCGUUGGCACCAAGAUACGAGAUCAGCGAGGGCUGGUUCAACCAGAAGGUGGCAGAGCUGGUACUGCGGUACAACUACACGCUGAACCCGCGCGGCGUGUACGAGGCCAUCCGCUAUAUGUACACCUACCAUCCCGAGCCGCACAAUAUCAGCGCCAUCCGGGACCAGUAUAUACAUCUCCUCUCCGAUUUCCUAUACCGCGCACCGACUGACAAAAUGGUGAAAUUACUUCUCGAGCAAAACGUUCCGGUCUACAUGUACGUACUAAACACGACAGUGGAAGCGUUCAAGUGGCCGGAGUGGCGCCAGUACUCGCACGACACGGAGCACUACUUCCUAACGGGCGCGCCCUUCAUGGACCAGGAGUUCUUCCCAGUGAAGCAGCGUAUCGAGCGACAGGCCUGGACGCCCAACGAUAGGAACAUGAGCCAUUUCUUCAUGAAGGCUUAUUCGGACUUCGCGAGAUUCGGUAACCCAACAAGAUCCCGCAUCCUCGGCGUCCACUUCGAGAUGGCGAAAGCUGGACAACUGCGUUACCUGAACCUCAAUACGACCUACAACUCCACCAUACAACUCAACUACCGGCAGACUGAACUCGCAUUCUGGACAAUGUACCUGCCAACUGUCAUUGGACGUCUAGUGCCUACUUACCCACCUAUUACUGAGUUCUGGUGGGAGCCGAAGCAGCCGCUGCAGAUCGCGUUCUGGACGGUGAGCUGCGCCUGCAUCGUGCUCAUCGUGCUGCUCGUCGUCUGCUGCAUGCUCUGGAGGAACGCCAAGAGGGCUUUGCCACCGAAAUGGAAAAUGUUACCGGCCAUAGAAACAGACAGAUACUACAACGGAGACAUCUUUAUGGUCCCGGAGGGCGAUGACACGGGCAUAGAGAACACGAUGCGUUCCAGAGACAACAUUUACGAGUACAGAGACGUGCCCAUCAAACGGCCGAUCACACCACAGACAACGAUAAGCAAAGCGACGAGUCAGCCGUCGAUGCUGCAAACUCGGCCAGCAUCGCAAGCGUCCACCGGCUCGGCCAUCUCGCUGAAAGAGUCUUCGGUGUCCCGAGCGCCCGAACCACUACCACGCGCCCGCAGUCGCACGCACAUCGUGCGAGGCGUGCCGCAAACCACCGUCUGAUAGUGUGCGCUUGCCCUUAUUUACUGGAUAAAUCAAACUGUAUAAGGCUGAGUUCACAUGGCUAUACACCGCACGUUACAAACAGGAUGAAUCUUACCCAAUAUGGCGUCGUAGAUACGUUAGCACGUGAUUGAAUAAUAAAUGAAACCAGUGUGUGUAUUAUAUAGGUAUGUCAUUAAAUUUGAUAACUGAUUUAAUUAGAAAUAUCUACCCCCUUGUUCAUAAAAACGUCAAACUACCUACAAACUAUUUUUAGCUAUUGUUUUCUUUUUUCUUUUGCUCUAAUUUUUCAACUUGAAAGUUGAGAGACAGUCUGAAUUACUUUACAUUUGGUUUCCUGUGAUAAGAAUAGGUAAUAUAAUAUAUAGCAAUAUCUAUAUAUUGUAGUUACAAGUACCCGCUCCUAAUGAAUAUUAGGAGCGGGUUCAACUGGUAUUCAACUGGUAUGGGCGAAUCGUAGUGGGUCCAGAAAAACUCAAUAUAUAGAUAUCGAAUAUCAGCCAUCGAUAUUCUGCUAUAUAUUGUAGUAACAAGAACCCGCUCGUAAUGAGUAUAGGUAUCCAACUGGUAUGGGCGAAUCGCAAUGGGUCCAGAAAAACUCAAUAUAUAGAUAUCGAAUAUCAACCAUCGAUAUUCUGCUAUAUAUUGUAGUAACAAGAACCCGCUCGUAAUGAAUAUAGGUAUCUAACUGGUAUGGGCGAAUCGCAAUGGGUCCAGAAAAACUCAAUAUAUAGAUAUCGAAUAUCAACCAUCGAUAUUCUGCUAUAUAUUGUAGUUACGAGAACCCGCUCGUAAUGAGUAUAGGUAUCUAACUGGUAUGGGCGAAUCGCAAUGGGUCCAGAAAAUCUCAAUAUAUAGAUAUCGAAUAUCAACCAUCGAUAUUCUGCUAUAUAUUGUAGUAACAAGAACCCGCUCGUAAUGAAUAUAGGUAUCUAACUGGUAUGGGCGAAUCGCAAUGGGUCCAGAAAAACUCAAUAUAUAGAUAUCGAAUAUCAACCAUCGAUAUUCUGCUAUAUAUUGUAGUAACAAGAACCCGCUCGUAAUGAAUAUAGGUAUCUAACUGGUAUGGGCGAAUCGCAAUGGGUCCAGAAAAACUCAAUAUAUAGAUAUCGAAUAUCAACCAUCGAUAUUCUGCUAUAUAUUGUAGUUACAAGAACCCGCUCGUAAUGAGUAUAGGUAUCUAACUGGUAUGGGCGAAUCGCAAUGGGUCCAGAAAAACUCAAUAUAUAGAUAUCGAAUAUCAACCAUCGAUAUUCUGCUAUAUAUUGUAGUUACAAGAACCCGCUCGUAAUGAGUAUAGGUAUCUAACUGGUAUGGGCGAAUCGCAAUGGGUCCAGAAAAUCUCAAUAUAUAGAUAUCGAAUAUCAACCAUCGAUAUUCUGCUAUAUAUUGUAGUUACAAGAACCCGCUCGUAAUGAGUAUAGGUAUCUAACUGGUAUGAGCGAAUCGCAAUGGGUCCAGAAAACCUCAAUAUAUAGAUAUCGAAUAUCAACCAUCGAUAUUCUGCUAUAUAUUGUAGUUACAAGAACCCGCUCGUAAUGAGUAUAGGUAUCUAACUGGUAUGGGCGAAUCGCAAUGGGUCCAGAAAACCUCAAUAUAUAGAUAUCGAAUAUCAACCAUCGAUAUUCUGCUAUAUAUUGUAGUUACAAGAACCCGCUCGUAAUGAGUAUAGGUAUCUAACUGGUAUGGGCGAAUCGCAAUGGGUCCAGAAAAACUCAAUAUAUAGAUAUCGAAUAUCAACCAUCGAUAUUCUGCUAUAUAUUGUAGUUACAAGAACCCGCUCGUAAUGAGUAUAGGUAUCUAACUGGUAUGGGCGAAUCGCAAUGGGUCCAGAAAAUCUCAAUAUAUAGAUAUCGAAUAUCAACCAUCGAUAUUCUGCUAUAUAUUGUAGUAACAAGAACCCGCUCGUAAUGAGUAUAGGUAUCUAACUGGUAUGGGCGAAUCGCAAUGGGUCCAGAAAAACUCAAUAUAUAGAUAUCGAAUAUCAACCAUCGAUAUUCUGCUAUAUAUUGUAGUUACAAGAACCCGCUCGUAAUGAGUAUAGGUAUCUAACUGGUAUGGGCGAAUCGCAAUGGGUCCAGAAAAUCUCAAUAUAUAGAUAUCGAAUAUCAACCAUCGAUAUUCUGCUAUAUAUUGUAGUAACAAGAACCCGCUCGUAAUGAGUAUAGGUAUCUAACUGGUAUGGGCGAAUCGCAAUGGGUCCAGAAAAACUCAAUAUAUAGAUAUCGAAUAUCAACCAUCGAUAUUCUGCUAUAUAUUGUAGUUACAAGAACCCGCUCGUAAUGAGUAUAGGUAUCUAACUGGUAUGGGCGAAUCGCAAUGGGUCCAGAAAAACUCAAUAUAUAGAUAUCGAAUAUCAACCAUCGAUAUUAUUCUGUUGUUCGCAAAUUAAUAAUGUGGGUAAAAUAUUUAAAAUAUUUUAGAGUUUAGUUCUCUCAUUCAACAUUUUAGGAUGGAUUUCAUUAUAUAAUUAAUCAGAGAUUAAAUCAGUAUUACCAACAUUGAUAUUUUAUGCAGCUACCAUCAUCUUGUAACCAUUUUAGUUUUAGAUAAAUUAAUACUGUAAUUCCAAUAUUGAGCUGGUCUCUAAUAAAUUUUGUACAAAAGUCGUUUGCUUGAGCACCUCUGUCCCAUUCGUGUUUCUACCGUGCAGCAGUUGUGUUUGCAUGGCUGUGUUUCGGUUUGAAGGGCGGGAUUUGACAGUGAAUUUACAGGGUACAGAGAAAUAGCACUGAGUCCUCAGGAAUGGCAACGCAUGAGGGGUAUCAUGGGUGAAACAGUAUACUCUGUUAUGCCCAUGGUACUGCUCAUGUCUAUAGGCGACGGUUACCACCUUCCAUCAGGUGGGUCGUUUGCCAUUCUAAGGAUGUAUAAAAAAUUCUGUGUCACCAUUCACUAAUGCUUUCUUUAAAAUUAAAAUUUCAAUUUGAUAUCACAGAAAAUAACAAAAUUUCUAAUACAGUAGAAUCUCGAUUAUCCGAAUCAAAUAAAACCAGGGGUAUUCCGGAUAAUCGUUUUCAAAAUGAAAUCGAACAAUAAUUAAAUUUUAAUUUUCUUUUUUAAUAAUAAGCUAUAAAGAUAAUGGAUUACUUAAUACCUAUGUAAUUAAAAAUUUUUGUUGGAAAUAAUUUUAGUUAUUAAUCUUUGACUUGAUGCGCUUCAACUGUAACAACUAUAUGGAAUUAGAGUCGUCCUGUCUUGUCCGGAUAAUCGAAUAUUCGGAUAAUCCGGAUUCUACUGUACAUUUAUGUCAAAAUUAUUAUAAAUUUAGAUUAAGAUGGUCCAUAAAAUUGUACUUUUGCGUAACUUGAAAACUUGAGACUUAUUUAAAAAAUAUAUUUAAGCUAUGAAUGGUGCCACAGAAUCGAUACCAGGUUUGAGACAAGUGAGAGUUAUUAAAGCAUGAGACUUAAAAUUGUAUAAUGGGCGAAUAAUAUUAUAAGAAUAACUCUGUAAGUACAUUUUAAUCCUAUAAGAAUGUAAUAUUUUUCUAACUAAAAAUUCCAUACUGCAAAUUUUUAUAAUUUAAAAAAAAAAUUAUUACUGCAUUAAUACGACCAGCUUUAAUAACUUAAUUGGCACGAUUUUUUUUAGUAACAAUUAUAUGGUUUAUUUAUAUUAUAUAUUUCCACCGUUAGAUGUAAAUUGUUUACAAAUACACUCCUCGCAAAAAUUAACGGAACAUAAAAAUUUUUGAAAUUUUUGGGUGAUUUUCAACAGGCUGUAUUUCAGUGAAAAAUAAUCGUACAGGAAAUUUAAAAAAAGGGUUUUGAAGCUUGAAAACUCUAGUUUUCAGAUUUUUUGGUGAAAAAAUUUUUUGAGCUCCGGUUUCCAUGCAAUUCUUAAACAAAGCUGAAAAGAACUUUGAAAGUUCGAUAUCUCGGAGACAAAUGGUCGUAAUUGAGCCAUCCAAAGCGAUUUUUGAAGCUGAAUAAACACGCUAAGAGACCUAUACAAUGGAGUAGCUCGAAAAAAUUUUUCCAUGCCCAUAGAGUGAAAAACGAAACCUAGAAAAUUUAGAAAAAAAUUAUUUUCAGCUUUAAGAAUUGCAUGGAAACCGGAGCUCAAAAAAUUUUUUCACCAAAAAAUCUGAAAACUAGAGUUUUCAAGCUUCAAAACCCUUUUUUUAAAUUUCCUGUACGAUUAUUUUUCACUGAAAUACAGCCUGUUGAAAAUCACCCAAAAAUUUCAAAAAUUUUUAUGUUCCCUUAAUUUUUGCGAGGAGUGUAUUAUUUUAAAAACAAUUUAGCAAUUUACAUUAAUAAUUAUGAACUUUAUAUCUAGGGCAUUAAAAGUUAAAGUAGUAUUUUUUCGAAUUCAAUUAAAUGUUAAGGAAAAUAGUCAAUAAAAUAUUUUGUUGAUCAAAUCCCAAUUUAAUUCUUAAAUUACUUCACAGUUUUUUCUGUCGUGCUUUUCAUAAACUUUAUUUAAAAUAUACGACAUAACAACAUUCCAAUUAGUUUUGUCAUACGUUACGUACGUACAUACGAGUACGUAACAAAUUGUCUCACUCUAUCGCAUGUAAUGUGCUAACAUUUACUAGUUUUGUUUUUUUUUUAACUUAUAGUAAUUUUUAACUCUAUAUAUCUUUGCAUUGUACUGUCCAGUUUGCAACAUAUACUAAAUGAAAUUCAACCAGUGUAACCGAGAAUUAUUUCUGAAGACUUGGGUGGAAAUAACGACAUACAAAAUUGUCUUACUAACUAACUACAUGCGCGUUAUUAAUAUGGAAUACUAAAAAAAUUUUCUGUUUUCAAACAUUGUCUUUGCAAAAAAUAUCUCUUAUAUAGUAUAUGUACACUGGGGUCUAUUCUGAAGCACCAUUUCACUAAAAUUAAAAUUCCAAUAUCGUCAUAGUCGCAGAAUACUGACGGAUCUGACGAAUAUUACAUAUACAGAUCCGUCAGUAUUCUACGACUAUGACGAUAUGAUAUCGCAGAGAAUUUAUUACUGUAAGGACCAAUACAGCUAAUUUUCUAAUAGAUUUAUGUCAAAAUUUUUAUAAUUUUAGUUUAUGACGCUCCAUAAAACGUUAAUUUCACGAAACUAUCAAAUAAAAUUACUAGUUUAUGAGAUACAUUUAUUGAAUUUUUAAUAGAUAUUGUGCUAAAUAGCUACCGCCUUUUUCUGUUCUCCUCUACCCAAAGGUUGUCUGGAAUAGAUCGCUUUAACAAUGAAACCGCUUUUUAAAUGUACAUAAUAUAUUACGAAUAUAAUUCUUUAAGUAGUGCAAUAAAGAGUAAAUAAAUGGCGCAUUAGAAUCGACCCUAUUGUCUUUGAUUUUAUAUAUUAUACAUAUGUCGCCGAAGUAACACGUGCGUUUCAUAUUUGUUCGUAAUAUUUCAGUCAUUGACAUCUGAUUAUUUAUUAAUACCAUUACCUAGUUUUAUAUUAGACUGAUUUUUAAACUAGACGUAGGUAUAUUUAGUAAUUAUCAAUUGUAAGUUGCACCGGAUUAGGCUCGUUUUGACAGAUGUCAAAUUGACACAUAAAUUUGUUGAUAUCUCUCUUUUUCAUAUAAAAAAAUUAUAAUUCGGUCCUGAUUUUCAAAUGUACCUUUAAAAAUUUAAAAGUAAUUAUCAAUUGUAAGUUGCACCGGAUUAGGUUCGUUUGGCAGAUGUCAAAUUGACACAUAAAUUUGUUGAUAUCUCUCUUUUUCAUAUAAAAAAAAUUAUAAUUCGGUCCUGAUUUUCAAAUGUACCUUUAAAAAUUUAAGUGCUUCACAUAUUAACUAGGUUUAAAAAUAAAUGACAAACAAAAUUUCUAGUACGUUUUCACUACCGCAUGCUUAUGUAUGAUUUUACAUCUCUGCAUAGGUUAUAAAUCCAUUAUUAUAGGUCAUAUUCAAUUGUGAAUUUUUAUUAUUUAGACGUUUUAUGUUACCUUUGAGGUAUGUAAUUAUUAUGAAGUAUUAAUAUUUAUUAUGGACAAAAAAUAUACUUUUAAAAAAGAUUUUCAUUUUUUAUAAAUAAAAACAGCAUUGUCUAUGGUUGAACAUUUAUUUCUAUAUAUUUUUUUAACUUUGUAAACAUAUAAAAUAACAUAAAUGAUUCAAUACAUAAUUGGUUAUAACCAAACCUGAACAAAUUUAAAAAUAUUAGUGUAUAAGUAAAUUUUUUAGCAAUACUACGAAUUGUAAUUAAGUCCGAUCAGAUAAUAUAAAAAUGCUGUUUUUUCGGACUUUAUAUGGCAACAAUUAGUAUAGUCUUACCAAUAAGAAAAAUUACAGUGUUGCCAGUAAAAUAAAUUCCAUGCAAUAUUUCUAUUUCUCUGAUCGGGCUUUAGGGUUUAAGUGUAAUAUUAAGUAAAAAAAAAUAUAUUUAUAAGAAUAAAUGUUGUGAUCGUCUAUCCGUCCGUACAUUGUGCAAUGUCUUAAAGAGUGCCUCUAAUUUAUAUAAGGGUUAUACCUAUUUAUUAUUUAAAAAAAAAAUGUGACUAAAAGAAACGAAACUGCCUUUGUACAGUAUACUUUUUAAUGAAAUUAAAAACAAAUGAAUUCUUAAA